AUGGCAAUUGCAAUGGCCGGUCGUAGAGAGAGAACGAAACAACUCCUCCGAUCUCGAAUUGCGACCGCCAUCCUCGUCGGAAUCCUCUUCGGCUGCAUCUGCGCCGUCUUGUUCCCCAACGGCUUCUACAACUCGGGAUCAUCGUCCACACCAAACACGAAUUCGACCUCCAAGGUUGGAUCGGCUUCAUGCGAAUCGUCUGAGCGGGUCAAAAUGAUGAAAUACAACUUCGCAUUGAUCUCUGAAACCAACGCACAGCUAAAGAAACAAGUCAGAGAGCUAACAGAGAAGGUACGUUUAGCGGAACAAAGCACAGAGAACGCAAGAAAACAAGUCUCAGUUUUGGGAACAGAGAUAAAGGCAGGACCUUUCGGAACAGUCAAGAGUCUCCGAACUAACCCAACCGUGGUCCCGGACGAGUCUGUUAACCCGAGAUUAGCAAAGCUGUUAGAGAGAGUGUCUAUCAACAAAGAGAUCAUUGUGGUUCUUGCAAACUCAAACGUGAAACCAACGCUUGAGCUGCAGAUCGCUAGCGUGAAGAGAGUUAAUAUCCAAAACUACCUCGUCGUGGGGUUGGAUGAUUCAAUGGAGAGCUUCUGCGAGUCGAAUGGAGUCGCGUAUUACAAAAGAGAUCCAGACAAAACCGUUGACAAAGUCGGUGAAACCGGAGGAAACCACGCCGUUUCCGGUUUGAAAUUCCGAGUCUUGAGAGAGUUCUUGCAGCUUGGCUACUCUGUUCUUCUCUCCGAUGUGGAUAUCCUCUUCUUGCAGAACCCUUUUCUUGGUCAUCUCUACAGAGACUCUGAUGUUGAGUCCAUGAGCGAUGGACAUGACAAUCAGACGACUUACGGAUUCAACGAUGUGAGUGAUGAUCCUACCAUGGGUUGGGCUAGGUAUGCUCACACGAUGAGGAUAUGGGUUUUCAAUUCAGGGUUUUUCUACCUGAGACCGACUCUUCCUUCCAUCGAGCUGCUCGAUCGAGUCUCUGAUACUCUCUCUAACUCUGAAGCUUGGGACCAAGCGGUGUUCAACGAGGAACUGUUUUUCCCUUCGCGUCCUGGAUACAUAGGGUUACAUGCUUCCAAGAGAGUUAUGGACAUGUAUGAGUUUAUGAACAGUAAGGUACUGUUCAAGACUGUGAGAAAGGAUCAGGAGCUGAAGAAGCUGAAGCCUGUGAUUGUUCAUUUGAAUUACCAUCCGGAUAAAGUGGAGAGAAUGCAAGGUGUGGUUGAGUUUUACGAGAAUGGCAAGGUAGAUGCGCUUGAUAGCUUCCCUGAUGGUUCUGAAUGA